GUGUGUCGUAGCUGUGGAGCAUCAUCUGACCCUCUACCUUUUACAGAAUUUGUGUGAUACAUUUCUACAACAGCCCUAUGCAAUGAAGUUGAAAGAAUGAUGGAAAGGCAUGAGCGUUUUAAACCUGAAAUGUUUGCAGAACUGCUACAAGCAGCAAAUACGACAGAUGACUAUAGGAAAUGCCCUAGUAACUGUGGCCAAAAAAUAAAAAUUCGUCAUGUUUUAAUGAAUUGUCCAGAGAUUGUUACAAUUGGUUUAGUCUGGGAUUCUGAGCAUUCUGACUUGACUGAAGAUGUUGUUCGGAAUCUGGCAACACAUUUCUAUCUUCCUGGGCUUUUUUAUAGGGUUACAGAUGAAAAUGCCAAAAACAGUGAACUUCACCUUGUUGGUAUGAUCUGCUACACCAGCCGACAUUAUUGUGCCUUUGCUUUUCAUACCAAGAGUUCCAAAUGGGUAUUUUUUGAUGAUGCCAAUGUGAAAGAGGUUGGAGCUAGAUGGAAAGAUGUGGUCUCCAAGUGUAUUUGUUGCCACUUCCAGCCACUGCUUUUGUUUUAUGCAAACCCAGAUGGCACAGCAGUUUCUACUGAAGAUGCACUUAGGCAGGUGGUCAGCUGGUCACAUUACAAAUCCGGUGCAGAAAAUACUGGAUGUGAAAAGCCCACAGUUUAUAAGUCAGAUAAUUCGAAAGAAAAUGGAGUUGGCGACCAGGCCAAACAGAGAAAACCAGAAAUUUCAAACUGAUAAUAUGUCAUCAUGUAAUCGGAACCACAUUCAGACAAGUGGAGGGAGAG